UCCCUCCUUUAUCUGACAGAGGAUAAACUGUGAGGAACAUUUACCUUCCAGCCCUGAAUAAUCCAAGGGCAAUGGAUCUUUCUCUCCGUGUCGCACUGUGCCUGGGCAUGCUGGCCCUGUGCCUGGCAAUACAAAAAGAAAAGCAGGUGCGCUGGUGUGUAAAAUCAAACAGUGAACUCAAAAAGUGCAAAGAUCUGGUAGACACGUGCAAAAACAAGGAAAUCAAAUUGUCCUGCGUAGAAAAAUCCAAUACUGAUGAGUGUUUCACUGCUAUUCAGGAAGACCAUGCAGAUGCAAUUUGUGUGGACGGAGGGGAUGUGUACAAAGGAUCACUGCAACCUUAUAACCUGAAGCCAAUCAUGGCAGAAAACUAUGGUUCACAUACAGAAACGGACACAUGUUACUAUGCAGUGGCAGUUGUAAAAAAAUCCAGCAAAUUUACAUUUGAUGAGCUGAAAGAUAAAAAAUCAUGCCAUACGGGAAUUGGCAAGACUGCUGGAUGGAAUAUCAUCAUUGGAUUACUCCUGGAGAAAAAGCUGUUGAAAUGGGCAGGACCAGAUUCAGAAACAUUGGAGAAAGCGGUUUCAAAAUUCUUCAAAGCCAGCUGUGUCCCCGGAGCCAAAGAGCCUAAAUUGUGCCAGCUGUGUGCCGGAAUUAAGGAGCAUAAGUGCUCACGCUCUAACAACGAGCCGUACUACAACUACGCUGGUGCAUUCAAGUGUUUGCAAGAUGACCAGGGAGAUGUUGCUUUUGUGAAGCAAUCAACUGUACCAGAGGAAUUCCAUAAAGAUUAUGAGCUGCUGUGCCCGGAUAAUACAAGAAAAAGCAUAAAGGAAUAUAAAAAUUGCAACUUGGCUAAAGUUCCUGCUCAUGCGGUGUUGACCAGGGGCAGAGAUGAUAAAUCUAAGGACAUCAUUGAAUUCCUCCAAGAAGCGCAGAAAACACAAGAAUGUAAAUUGUUCAGCUCCCCGUAUGGGAAGGAUCUAAUUUUCAAGGACAGCGCAGUGAGUCUUAUUCCCCUCCCAUCUUCUAUGGACAGUUUUCUGUUCCUCGGAGCCGAUUAUUCCAAUGCAAUCCAAGCACUGAAGGAAGGGGUGAAGGAGGAUGACUCUGCGGCUCAAGUGAAAGUUCGUUGGUGUACACAAAGCAAGGCAGAAAAAACCAAGUGUGAUGACUGGACAACUAUUAGUGGUGGCGCCAUUGAAUGCACUGAGGCCUCCACUGCUGAAGAAUGUAUCGUACAGAUUCUGAAAGGUGAUGCUGACGCAGUCACUUUGGAUGGAGGCUACAUGUACACUGCAGGGUUAUGUGGGUUGGUUCCAGUAAUGGGAGAGUACUACGACCAAGAUGACCUAACACCAUGCCAAAGGAGUUCUUCACAGGCAAAAGGUGUAUAUUAUGCUGUAGCCAUUGUAAAGAAGGGAACACAAGUCUCAUGGAGCAAUCUUAGAGGAGUAAAGACAUGUCACACUGCUGUUGGACGUACAGCUGGCUGGAACAUACCCGUCGGACUAAUUACCAGUGAAACCGGGAACUGUGAUUUUGCUAGUUACGUGGGUGAAAGCUGUGCUCCCGGUUCUGAUGUGAAAUCUAAUCUGUGCGCGCUGUGUAUUGGUGAUCCGGAAAAGCUGUCGGAGAGCGCAAAAAAGUGUUCCCCCAGUGCCAGUGAGGCAUAUUAUGGAUACAGCGGUGCAUUCAGAUGUUUGGUCGAGAAAGGGCAAGUGGGUUUUGCAAAACACACCACGGUAUUUGAGAACACAGAUGGGAAAAACCCUGCAGGCUGGGCAAAAGAUCUGAAAUCAGAAGAUUUUGAGUUGCUGUGCCCCGAUGGCAGCAGAGCGCCCGUCACUGAUUAUAAGAGGUGCAACCUUGCAGAGGUUCCUGCCCAUGCUGUUGUCACUUUGCCAGACAAGAGGGAGCAAGUUGCGAAAAUUGUUGUCAAUCAACAGUCAUUGUAUGGCCGAAAAGGAUUCCAAAAAGAUAUCUUCCAGAUGUUUCAGUCGACUGGUGGCAAAGACCUUUUGUUUAAAGAUUCCACCCAGUGCUUACUGGAGAUUCCAAGCAAAACCACAAUGCAAGAAUUCCUUGGAGAUAAAUAUCACACUGCUGUUACCAGCCUGAAUAAAUGCAGCACCUCAAAAUCAGGCCUCCUGGCUGCCUGCACAUUCCACAGCUGCUGAAGAUUUAUAUCAUGGUAGAUUGUCCCCUUUCCAUCAUAUAACCCCAAACCUCAGUUUAUUCUCAGAUGUGGAAGGGGGAAUGUUUUCCUUAUCUUCUGUUGUUUUUGUUUAUCCAAUAAAGUUAUACUCACAUGCUCA